AUGAGGCAGAGGCAGGAUGCAGAUUCAGCUGAUGUAGUGACUGGUAUAUUUCCUUUAUUUAAUCAUGAUGUUUAUGUAUUGUUUGAUCCUGAAUCAUCUCACUCUUAUAUUAGUGCUGAGAUUUCUUGCUAUGCAUCUGUUCCUUCUUUGAGAUUGGGGUAUGAAGUGCUUGUCCCUUGUUUGAGAUUGGGGUAUGAAGUGCUUGUAUCGAGUCCAUUAGGACAGGAGGUUAUUGUUAACAAAUUAUAUCCUGAUUGCCCACUCAUAAUCCAAGAUCAUGUAUUCCCUUCUGAUUUAGUUGAGAUGCCUUUCGGAGAUUUUGAUGUUAUUUUGGGCAUAGAUUAUGUGUCUCUAUAUGUUCUUUGA